AUGGAUAGCGAGGAAACUGGUGGUUGCAUGCGUCCUGCAGAGGAACAGAGGAGUGGGAGCAUAAUUGUAGAGACAAAUUUUCGUCUGUAUGCCUACACAAGCUCCGCUCUUCAGUUAGCUAUCUUGUCCACUUUCACGGAAAUGAUCUACAGAUUCAACGACAUGUCUGUAGGAGUGUUAACUAGAGAGUCUGUAAGGAGAGCAUUACAAGUUGGAAUUACCGCCUCUCAAAUUAUCUCAUUCCUUCGAGCGAAUGCCCAUCGACAAUGUCUCACUACUGGUGGUGCACUGAACUGCUUGCCUGUGACGGUUGCGGAUCAAAUUCGAUUAUGGGAGGAUGAGCGACGUCGGAUGACAUUUACUGAUGCAACUCUCUAUUCCACAUUCGAGGGAGAUCCAGAAUUUGUCGGCGUUCGUGAUUUCUCACUACGAGAAGGUAUCUUGCUAUGGGCAGAUAGUGACAAAAAACUAGUGAUUGUUUCUGAAGAAGGUCACGAAAGAGUACGAGCCUGGUGGAAAGCCAACAAAGCUGCUACAUGA